CACACACACACACCCAGAAAAGCAUCCACAGAGCUGCAGACAUCAGCACAAUCAGGAAGGAUUCCACUCUGACUGCUGCUCUCUGUCUUCUUCCUUUGUGUUUUUUGGUUCUACUCCUGACGUUUGGCCACUAUGACUUAUCAUCUCACACUUCCUCAGGAGAACCGUGACCUGGUCCAGGCAGUGGAAAAUUCAUUUGGCUGCUUGGGGAAGCCACUGUCCCAGCCGGAUCGGUUUCUGAUCGGACAGGGCAGACUGACUAAACUGAGUCGUCGAGGGCCCAAAACAAAGUCCUUCUUCCUCUUCAAUGAUGUGUUGGUGUACGGCGGCAUUGUUCUUAAGGGCCGCUGGCACAAAAAACAGAAGAUUAUCCCACUAGAGGACGUCCAGCUGGAGGACUUGGAGGACAGUUUCAACAUGAAGAACCAGUGGCUCAUUCGCACGCCGAGCAAAUCCUUCUUUGUGGGAGCUCCUACAUGUCUGGAGAAGCAGGAGUGGAUGCAACAUAUUGAAAGUUGCCGGUCCAAAUUGCUGCAGACCAGCGGCCGUCAACCUGGAUCUGUCUUUGCUGUUACAUGGGUCCCAGAUCAGGCAUCUUCCAUCUGCAUGCGCUGCUGCAGCACGUUCACUGUGACCCAUCGUCGGCACCACUGCAGAAACUGUGGCUUUGUGGUGUGUAAUUCCUGCUCCAAGCACAGAGCGUUGUUAAGACACAUUCACCCUAAAAAGCAUCAGAGGAUCUGCAGGAUCUGUCACUCCACACUCUCCAAUGCGUUAGCUCGUGUGAGAGAAGACAGCGUGGAGUCGAGCAGCUCAGGAGAGGAUGAAAUGGUCAUAUCCAGUGAUGAAGAUCAGGUAGAGGAGUCCAUGGAGGACCAGGCUCCCACCAGGUGGCUCUGCACUGAUGGACUUCUGGACCUCUGACUGAAACCAGAUUGUGACGAUCACAUCUAAAGUGCCACAAUCAUCUUAGAAACUCUUCAUUGUUUUAUAACACAGACUUUUGCACUGAUUCAGUUCAUCUACAAACAAUACUGAGAAGCAUUUUUAAGGCAGCAUUCUGCAGAUUAUGACUGUUGUAGAUUAUUAGAAAGUGUUGUUGAAGAUAAUAUUGUGUAUAUUUUUAUUAAGUAUUUUUUGAAUUAUAUAUUUAUAUUCAUAUAUUUAACAUUGUUUGGUUUGUAUAAGUGUUGGUGCUGGUAUUUGCAGCACCUGUUAAUUCUUUGAGUAUCUUCAUUUCUAGACUCCAGAAGAUCUUGUUAACUUUUUGUGAGUUUUAUAGACAGUUUGCAUAAUUUAAAUGUCAUAAUGUGUACAUGACAAAAGAAGCAUAAAUAAUAAAGCAUCCAAAAUAAUAAUAAUAAUAAUAAUCCCACAUUUGUGUCUCAUUGUCUGUAUUAGAGAUUAGUUGUAGUCUAUGAAUGAUCCAUUACACUUUAUACAUGCUGACACUGAUUUAAAUGAAUGAACUCCACAUUUUGUUAAAUAAAUC